GACAAGGUAUCUCACGCUGAGGACAAGGUUCCUCACGCUGAGGACAAGUUUCCUCACGCUGAAGACAAGGUACCUCUCACUGAGGAAAAGGUUCCUCGAGCUGACGACAAGGUGUCUAUCCAUGAGGAAAAGGAACCUCACACUGAGGACAAGGUUCCUCAUGCUGAGGACAAGGUUCCUCAGGCUGAGGACAAGGUACUUCACACUGAGGACAAGAAUCCUCAAGCUGAGAACAAGGUACCUGACACUGAAGACAAGGUAUCUCAGACUGAGGACAAUGUUCGUCACGCUGAGGACAAGGUUCCUCACGCUGAGGACAAAGCUGCUCACGCUGAGGACAAGGUUCCUCAUGCAGAGGACAAAGUUCCUCACGCUGAAGACAAGGUACGUCACACUGAAGACUAGAUUCCUCACGCUGAGGAGAAGGUACGUCACACUGAAGACUACAUUCCUCACACUGAGGACCAGGUACCUCAAUCUGAGGACAAGGUAAUUCACACUGAGGACAAGGUUCCUCACGUUCAGGACAAGGUUCCUGACGCUGAGGACAAGGUUCCUCACGCUGAGGACAAGGUACCUCACACUGAGGACAAGGAUCCUCACGCUGAGGACAAGGUUCCUCACGCUGAAAACAAGGUUCCUGAAGCUGAGGACAAGGAUCCUUACGCUGAGGACAAGGUACCUCACACUGAGGACAACGUUACUCAGCUGAGGACAAGGCUUCUCACGCUGAGGACAAGUUUCCUCACGCUGAGGACAAGGUACUUCUCACUGAGGACAAGUUUCCUCGAGCUGACGACAAGGUGCCUCUCCCUGAGGAAAAGGAACCUCACACUGAGGACAAGGUUCCUCAGGCUGAGGACAAGGUACUUUACACUGAGGACAAGGUAUCUCACACUGAGGACAAGGUUCCUCACGCUGAGGACAAGGUUCCUCACGCUGAGGACAAAGCUGCUCACGCUGAGGACAAGGUUCCUCAUGCAGAGGACAAAGUUCCUCACGCUGAAGACAAGGUACGUCACACUGAAGACUAGAUUCCUCACGCUGAGGAGAAGGUACGUCACACUGAAGAGUAGAUUCCUCACACUGAGGACAAGGUACCUCACACUGAGGACAAGGUAAUUCACACUGAGGACAAGGUUCCUCACGCUGAGGACAAGGUUCCUGACGCUGAGGACAAGGUUCCUCACGCUAAGGACAAGGUACCUCACACUGAGGACAAGGAUCCUCACGCUGAGGACAAGGUUCCUCACGCUGAAAACAAGGUUCCUGAAGCUGAGGACAAGGAUCCUUACGCGGAGGACAAGGUACCUCACACUGAGGACAACGUUACUCACGCUGAGGACAAGGCUUCUCACGUUGACAACAAGGUUCCUCAAGCUGAGAACAAGGUUCCUCAAACUGAGGACAAGGUUCCUCACGAUGAUGGCAAGGUACCUCACACUGAGGGCAAGGUAUUUCACACUGAGGACAAGGUUCCUGACGCUGAGGACAAGGUUCUUCGAGCUGAGGACAAGGUACCUCAUACUGAGGACAAGGUACCUCACACCGAGGACAAGGUUUCUCACGCUGAGGACAAGGUUCCUCACGCUGAGGACAAAGCUGCUCACACUGAGGACAAUGUUCCUCAAGGAGAGGACAACGUUCUUCACGCAGACGACAAUGUACCUCACACUGAGGACAAUGUCCCUCCAGCUGAGGACAAGGUACCUCACACUGCGGGCAAGGUUCCUCACGCUGAGGACAAAGUUCCUCACGCUGAGGACAAGGUACCUCACACUUAGGAGAAGGUACCUCACACUGAGGACAAGGUUCCUCACUGUAAGGACAAGGUUCCUGACGGUGAGGACAAGGUGCUCACGCGGAGGAUAAGGUUCUCACUUAGAGGACAAGUUUCCUCACGCAGAGAACAAGGUUCCUCACUCUGAGGGCAAGGUACCUCACACUGUGGAAAAGGUUCCUCACGGUGAGGACAAGGUACCUCACACUGAGGACAAGGUAACUCACACGGAUGACAAGGUACCUCACACUGAGGACAAGGUGCCUGACGCCGAGGACUAUUUUCCUAACGCUGAGGACAAGGUUCCUCACGCAGAGGACAAGGUUCCUCACUCUGAGGACAAGGUACCUCACAAUGAGGCCAAGGUACGUCACACUGUGGACAAGGUUCCUCACGCUGGGUACAUGCUUCGUCAAGCUGAGGAAAAGGUACCUCACACUAAGGACAAGGUACCUCACACUGAGGACAAGGUUCCUCAUGCUGAGGACAAGGUUCAUGACGGCGAGGACAAGGUUCCUCACGCUGAGGACAAGCUACCUCACACUGAGGACAAGGUUCCUCAAGCUGAGGGCAAGGCAACUCACACUGAGGACAAGGUACCUCACACUGAGGAAAAGAUUCCUCAAGUCGAGGACAAGGUACCUCACGCUGAGGACAAUGUUCCUCAAGCUGAGGACAAGGUACCUCACACUGAGGACAAGGGUCCUCACGCUGAGUACAAGGUACCUCACCCUGAAGACAAGGUACCUCACACUGAGGACAAGGUACGCCUCAGCGAGGACAAGGUUCCUCACGCUGAGGACAAGGUACCUCACACUGCGGUCACGGCACCUCACACUGAGGACAAGGUUCCUCAUGCUGAGGACAAGGUUCCUCAAGCUGAGGACAAGGUAUCUCACACUGAGGACAAGGUUCCUCAAGCUGAGGACAAGGUACGUCGCACUGAGGACAAGGUACCUCACACUGAGGACAAGGUUCCUCGCUCUGAGGACAAGGUUCCUCACGCUGAGGACAAGGCUGCUCACGCUGAGGACAAAGUUCCUCACGCUGAGAUCAAGGUACCUCACACUGAAGACAAGGUUCCUCACGCUGAGGGCAAGGUUCGUCACGCUCAGGACAAGGCACCUCACACUGAGGACAAAGUACUUCACACUGAGGAAAAGCUUCCUCAAGUCGAGGACAAGGUUCCUCACACUGAGGACAAGGUUCUUCUCGCUGAGGAGAAGGAUCCUCACGCUUAGGACAAGGAUCCUCACGCUGAGGACAAGGUACCUCACACUGAGAACAAGGUACCUCACGCGUAGGAAAAGGUUCCUGACGCUGGGGACAAGCAUCCUCAAGCAGAGGAAAAGGUAGCUCUCACUGAGGACAAGGUCCCUCACACUGAGGACAAGGUUCCUCAUGCUGAGGACAAGGUUCAUGACGGCGAGGACAAGGUUCCUCACGCUGAGGACAAGGCUCCUGGCGCUGAGUACAAGGAUCCUGACGCUGAGGACAAGGUACCUUACACUGAGGACAAGGUUCCUCAAGCUGAGGACAAGGUACCUCGCACUGAGGACAAGGUUUCUCACGCUGAAGACAAGGUUCCUCAUGCUGAGGACAAGGUUCCUGACGCUGAGGACAAGGUUCCUCACGCUGAGGACAAUGUACCUCACACUGAGGACAAGGUUCCUCACGCUGAGGACAUGGCUUCUCACGCUGACGACAAGGUUCCUGACACUGAGGACAAGGUACCUCACACUGAGGACACGGUCCCUCAUGCAGAGGACAAGGUUCAUGAUGGCGAGGACAAGGUUCCUCACAAUGAGGACAAAGUCCUCACGCUGAGGACAAGGUACCUCACAUUGAGGACAAGGAUUUUCAAGCUGAGGACAACGCACCUCACACUGAGGAAAAGGUACCUCACAAUGAGGAAAAGCUUCCUCAAGUCGAGGACAAGGAACCUCACACUGAGGACAAUGUUGCUCCCGCUGAGGACAAGCUUCCUCACGCUGCGGACAAGGUCCUGACGCUGAGAACAAGGUUCAUCAAGCUGAGGACCUGGUUCUUCACGAUGAGGACAAGGUAACUCACACUGAGGGCAAGGUAUUUCACACUGAGGACAAGGUUCCUGGCGAUAAGGACAAGGUUCCUCAAGCUGAGGAGAAGGUACCUCACACUGCGGACAAGGUACCUCACACUGAGGACAAUGUUCCUCACGCAGAGGACAUGGCUUCUCACGCUGACGACAAGGUUCCUCACACUGAGGACAAGGUACCUCACACUGAGGACACUUUUCCUCAUGCAGAGGACAAGGUUCAUGAUGGCGAGGACAAGGUUCCUCACACUGAGGACAAGGUUCCUCACGCUGAGGACAAGGUUCCUCACGCUGAGGACAAGGUACCUCACAUUGAGGACAGGGUUCCUCAAGCUGAGGACAACGCACCUCACACUGAGGAAAAGGUACCUCACACUGAGGAAAAGCUUCCUCAAGUCGAGGACAAGGAACCUCACACUGAGGACAAUGUUGCUCCCGCUGAGAACAAGCUUCCUCACGCUGCGGACAAGGUCCUGACGCUGAGAAGAAGGUUCCUCAAGCUGAGGACAAGGUUCCCCACGAUGAGGACAAGGUAA